GACACUCGAGUGCAAUGUCAUCGGUCCGUAUAUAAGCACAAGUCCGUCUCGGUCCAAAUAUCAUUCGCUCAUCAACAGCUUGUAAAGCAAUAUCGACUUCAUUCAACUCAUCAACCAACCAACCCGAACAAAUACCAAAAAUGAACGCCAUCAUGAAAAUUACAUUAGCCGCCGUUGCAGUGUUCGCGUCCACCAUGAUGACCGCUUCCGCCAAACCGUCUGGACUCGUGCCCGCCGCCGCAAUCGCUCCCGUGGCCGUGGCCGCGCCCUACGCUAGCUCGUUCACGUCACACAGCGUAGCCCAUAGCGUGGCCACGCCGGUAUUGCCGGCCGCUCCGUACGUGGCCGCCGCUCCAUACGCCGCGGCACCCUACGUCGCGGCACCUUACGCGGCUGCCCCUUACGUCGCCGCGGCACCUUUCGCGGCCGCCCCGUACGCAGCAGCGCCAUACGCAGCUUCCCCUUACGGUUACUACCCGUACGCCGCUCCGGCUUACUUGUAAAGGCCGUUCCGAGCGACGACAACGACCACAAAUCAGUUGACACGCGGUAACGGACGAGAGGCGACCGCAACGACAAGAUGACCAACUGCAUAAUACGCCACUGAUUCUUUUCAUUCUUAUAAUAUUUAGACCGCAUUACGUUUAACAAUAUUAUCGUAAUACAUGGUCCAUAUAUAAUAUUAUAUAAUUCAUUAAAUAAAAAACGCAAAUGUCACCGCGGUACAAACAUAAUGUGUACCGCACGUGUACACACAAAAUAUAAUAAACUAUGCAAUGUAUAAUAAAUCAAUACCUAUGUAAAAUGUAAUAAUCAUUAUAAUUUAUAUUAUAAUAUUAUACUCACGCCACACUUGUAGCGUAAAGCGUUUUGAUACCACAAAAUGUAAUAUAUUAUUAUUAAAAUAAAAUGUACAGUAUACCGUUACAAUAAUAAACGUUCACGAGAAAAUAUUAUAAAAAA